GGAUCCUAUAAAAAGCAUACUCUCGCCAGCCAACUUCAAAACACUCUACCACCAUAGCCUGUGACAGUUUGGGAACUAUCAAGUGACACGUACGGAUAAAACAUGGAUCCUUGCGACUGCUCUAAGACUGGAACCUGCACCUGCGGUGGAUCCUGCGCUUGCACGAACUGUUCAUGUACUACUUGCAAGAAAAGCUGCUGUCCAUGCUGCCCAUCGGGCUGCGCCAAGUGCGCCUCCGGCUGCGUGUGUAAAGGGAAGACGUGCGACACGAGUUGCUGUCAGUGAAGACCCGUUUUGAUCCUCCCAGCGCCCGUAUUUCUGGAACUUGUGUAACUCUGUAAAUUAAGAUGCUUAUUGGAGAUGCAGUUCGUGAUGUAGUUUGUUUUGCUUAAUAAAAUAAGGAACUUGG